UGUAGAUGGGCUAAAUACUCGGGAUCUGAAGUUAAGAUACAAGGAUAAAUCCACAGGCCCAUUCAAACCUAUUAGUCAGUCCAUUUCGUUCAAACCUCAUUUCGUCAAGUUCCGCUACACAACUACAUUCGAUAAAGUGCUCCUCAUAAUCGGCUCAGUUGUAGCUGUAGGUACUGGUAUUGGAUUACCAAUGAUGUCUAUUAUUAUGGGUAAUGUUUCACAGAACUUCAUGGAUAUCAAUGGAAACACAAC